GCGCGGGCGCGGGCGGCGGUGGCGGCAGGUGCCAGCAUGAGCUUCCCGCGGCCGCUGCGGCGCUCCGUGAGCCUCAGCCCGGCGCGCACCCUGCGCCUCGUAGUGCUGGGACAGGGCGCCGUGGGCAAGACAGCUUUAACAGUAAGAUUCAUCACCAAAAGAUUCAUUGGGGACUAUGACCCUACUCUAGAGAUGAUUUACAGACACACAGCUGUCAUCGAUGGGGACAUGGUGCAUUUUGAGAUUCUCGACACGGCAGGACAGGAAGAAGACUCCUUGCAGAUUGAGGAGAAGAUCAAGUGGGGUGACGGUUUUGCUGUGGUGUACUCGGUGACUGACAGGUGCAGCUUUGAUGAGGUUAUGAGGCUCUGCUUCCUCAUCAACCACAUCCAUGCAAGCCCUAAGCGGAGCAGUGGGAGUGACCAGCCGCCUGUGGUAAUUGUUGGCAACAAAAAGGAUUUGCAGUUUGACAGGAUGGUAUCCUCUGAGGAUGGCGAGAAUCUCUCCAAAGCCCUGAAAUAUCCGUUCUAUGAGAUCUCCACCAGAGACAGCUACGAAGAGACUGUGAUGGUGUUCAACACGUUGUACCAUGAGCUGAUGAGACAGGGGCACUUCUCCCCUGGCUCCUUCAAGAGGAAGACAGUGUCCAAGCUGAUGGAGAAGAUUCCCAGGAUGCACGCUAACUCCACCCUCAACUCGGGUGGCAGAAGCCUGAGCUUCAACUCCUUCAGGGACUACAUACCAGAUGUGAACGAUCCACAGGAACCAGGAAGAGCCACCUACACAUGCAGGGAACCAACAAGACUGACAGUACACCCAAUCCCAGUGCAAAAGAAACCAAAACCUCCAGUUCCCUCAAAUCUUGUUGACUGAGAGUGAUCUUGGGGGUUAGUUGAAACACUUGUGACAAAUGGGAUUUUUGGAGUUGGCCAGGUCCAUCCAGAGAGCUGCGAGAUGGCGAUCCAGUGACCACUUGUGAUAGGGCCUGGCACCACACACUGCAUGUGCUACAGAUGCACAGAAGAAAAGGGACUGGAUGGCUCAUGAGAUUGGAGCCCUUUGCUUACAUGUGGAAGGGUUGACACUACUGCUAGCCUAGUUUAGUGCUAGUCCAGCAUCUCUAGUUAAUGGAGAGAGAAGUCGGUCCAGUGGUGAGGAGGCAAGCAUAAGAGACAUAGGUUCACUUCCUGUGUGGUUAGACACUCCCUGCAUAACUUCGGGCGGGUCACUUAACCUCUUUCCUUGGCCUGUGAAAAUCAGGAUAAGAACCCGGGGUGCAACAAUGACAAUUAAGGAUUGUGAAGUGCCCAGGUUCCCCAGUAAUAGGGUCAAUAUCCCAUCCCUGCAAUACUAGCCACUAAUUCCUAAUUAUUUAAUCUCUGUGCCUGCUUUCCCUAUGUUUCUGCUGGUUAAGGUUAUAUGCUCCACAAGAGAACGUUUAAAUUGUUUAAAUUAAGAAAAUUUGUUUACAGCAACUUUACUGUUUUUUGUUUUUUUUUUAAAGCCAGUUAUUCCCAGGCUCUGUAAAACCAUUUUUGGGGGCUGAAAUCACUUGACAAAAUCCCCUCUAAAUAGCACAGUAAGUAACAAUUUAGGCAAGGCAAAAAUGUCAGAUGUUGCUGUCCCAGCUUAGCUGGAAAGCACCAACUAUAUUUUAAUGGUGUGUGGGUGAUGGGGUUUGGGGGGUUUUUUUAGCUGUUACACUCAUGGCUGAAGCUGUGCAUCUUGUGUUAUUUGCUGCCAUCUGUCUCCCAUUGGGUCCCCCCUCUCCCAGGUAAGGGCCAUCCAGGCUUCCUCCAUGUUCCACCCAAAUCUAGAACUGAUCUUCAGUUUACACAUUGCUCCAGCCUGAACAACAUAGUUUUAGAAGCGCUGCAUGCUUAUCUCUCCAAACGGAGGGUCACUAAAGGACUCUGUCAAUUCAGCUGGUUUACUGAUAACAUGGUCAUUCCAUGCUGAAAUUUCCUAGUAGCCAGGAUGUGUAUAUUGCCUCCCAAUCUCUGUGGAACAGAUUGGGUUACCAGGUAUGUAAAUCAAGGGGCAUUUAUAGACUUGCUCUGGGAGGUGGGAAGGCGGGUGCUUUAAUUAGCGAGCCAUGCUAAUUUCAAGCACCAAUC